AUGACAGAAAACAAAACAGAAACCAUCAUAUACAACAACGAAAGUAUAUUGUUUGGUGAAAGAAAUGGUGAAUACUUCAUUGAAUCAAGUUCGGAGAUAAAAGAUGCGAUCAAGAUUACAGAUUUACCAAAUCAUUUACUUCAAAAGGUUAUCAUAUUAGACUCAAUAAACUCUGGUGCUGGUAGACAAGAAGAUAAAAAUUUAUAUACUCAUGUUAUUCAACCAUUGUUCGAACUAUUGAAUGUACAAUAUGAUUAUUUUGCAACUACUUCACCCGAUUCCAUAAACCAAUUUGCAUCAAAUUUGAGAGAAUCAAAAGUAACUAUAAUUUUCAUUAGUGGAGAUACUUCCAUAAAUGAGUUUAUUAAUGGAUUACUAAGUGAUAUACAAGGUUCAAUUGAUAUUUUUACAAUACCAGGUGGUACUGGAAAUAGUUUAGCUCUUUCAUUGGGAAUUACCAAUCAAAUUGAAUCUAUAAAACAUUUAUUAAUUAGUGACAAAAUUGAUCCAUUAUAUUUGUACAACGUCAAAUUUCCUCAAGGAUCACAUUAUCUAGUACAAAAUGAGAAAAAGGGACUAAUUAAUUCAAAUCUAAAAUUUGUUGUUGUUCUAUCCUGGGGUUUUCAUGCAUCAUUAGUUGCUGAUAGUGAUACUCCAGAAUUAAGAAAAUUUGGAUUAAAAAGGUUUCAAAUAGCAGCAAAGAAUAAUUUAAGUAGAGAGCAAGAAUAUAAUGGUGUUUUGAAGGUUAAUGAUGAAACUAUCAAAGGACCUUUUGCCUAUUGGUUAUUAACUUCAUCAUCUAGAUUUGAACCAACUUUUGAAAUAUCUCCAAAAGGUGAUAUAUUACAAGAUAAUUUAUACUUUGUGGGUUUUAAUACUAAAAAAAAUGAUGAUAAAUAUAUUCUUGAUAUUAUGCAUCAAAUUUAUAAUGAAGGUGAUCAUAUAAAUAACAAGGGUGUUAUAUAUAAAAAAAUUACAAAUGAGGAUCAAUUAGACUUGGUAAUAUCUGAAUCAGAGGUAUUUGAACAUAGAAGAUUUUGCCUUGAUGGUAGUAUUAUACUAAUUCCAGAGACCAGUGACCAUAUUAAAAUAUCAGUUGGAGAUAAUAAACAACACAAUUGGGAGUUGUCUAUAAUACAUUAA